UUGCAAAUACGUCUAUUCGCUGCGCUUAAUUUACAAGCUCAGAUUAUUGGAUUCGACAUCAUCGUUCGGGAAGAUGGUACACCUAUCCUUCUCGAAGUGAACGCCGCUCCCUCUUUGACAAUUGAUCACACUAAAGCAGAUGGAGUCCGCAUGAAGAGCAUUGUAGACGAACUGAUCAAGCUUCCACUCGUACGAGACACGCUUCUUUUGGUAACGAGUCAACUGAAGGAGCCAACUAAGCGUAGGUGUGUGAUACUGCCCUUACAACCUACGAAUUUUAGUUUUUGGGCCACAAAGACAUGA